UUCCGAGUAACAAGUUCACAACUUAUCAACACGAAGGCUAAAAAGGAACCAUGAGCUUAAAAAGGUUCCAGUUCGUCACUUUGGUUAUAUUGGCAGUGGUGACUGUAAUGUUGACGCAAUCGUCGGAUUGUUCAGACUCGUCGAACCAGAAACGUUCAGGUUUAAAGGGAGCCGUCGCCUCCGAUUCCGAAGUGUGCUCAAAGAUUGGUGCUGACGUCAUGCGUGACGGCGGGACAGCCAUUGACGCGACCAUAGCAACGCUGAUCUGUCUUGGUCUUAUUCAUCCUCAUUCUUCUGGAAUUGGUGGCGGAGGGUACAUGUUGCUGUAUAAACGAGCCACCAAGACUGCGACAUAUUUGGAUUUCCGAGAAACUGCCCCUGGUGCAUCGACACCUGAUAUGUUCUGGAAGAAAAGCUGGAGGAGUAAAAAGGGUGAGUAUUGCAGGCAAGGGGGGGGGGUAAGGUAACUGUGCAUUGCAUCUAUAUAAAGCAGUGGACGCACUGAUGACUGGUGUGGCGUUUUGUCUCCACCACAAAUUACAGUAGCGUGUAAAGUUGGGACCGCUGUAAUUGGUCCUUGAGACAGCUGUAAUUGGCCUCAAGCAGUUGCGGUUGCCCUACCAUAUUUGGUAAAGCUUUAAAAAAAUAAAUAAAUAAGUUAAUGAAUAGAUCUACAGUAAAUAAUGUUAAUUAAAUAUUUGGGUCAUCUUAUAGGGAAUUCUGGUAAACAUCUGCCCUAAGGACAUUUUAGUUUUAAACUAUUCUCUUAUUUUUCUUGCUUAGGUAAACUGUCAGUCGCUGUGCCAGGAGAAAUACUUGCUAUGUACAAUGCAUGGAAAACACACGGAUGGUUACCAUGGAAACGUCUUUUUCAACCAACUAUUGACCUGGCGAGCAACGGCUACAAAAUUGACGAACCAUUGGCUAAGGUUAUCAAAAGUACCAAAAAAGACAUCCUUAAAGAAAAAGGUUUUAGGUACGUUUGCUUUGUAUCUUUAAUCAGGAUACUUUAGAUUAAAUACUGCAUUUUCAGGGUUAUUGUGUUAAAACUAAAUUAUUAUUAUUAUUAAUUAUCAUUAUUAAUGGUUUAUUAUAAAAUCGUAGCGCUCGAAAGCGAAUUGCGAAGUUAUUUACAAACUUUACUUAAAAAUAUUAAAAAGUACCUUGUGUUACAGGGAUUACAUUACAACAAUUGUUUACUGAUCUAUGAAUUAAUAUCGGAAGAUAAAUGUACUUUUAUAUUUACAAAAUUUACCAAAUUUACAAAUUAUGUGAUUGAAUACACAUAGUAGGAAAAAAGCUUUUCUUAAAGCGCUCCGUCUUACAAGGAAACAGUGUUAGUCUAUUUCCGUACCUUAAAUUGCAAUUGUGUUCAUUGGCCCAAGAAGGUGGUAUUGAAUGAUUAAGGCGUGAAUCAGGCUAUCUCAUUUUGUCAAAAGUUUUUUAUGCACAAAGCACCACGUCUUGCGCGUAAUGUCGAAUAUUUAGCUUGGUCCAGAGCAGCGUCAUAGCUUAAUGUAAGAUAGAUUAUUCGCAUUGUGCGCUUCUGGACCCGUUCAAUUUUAUCUGAUAAGUUGAUGGUCAAUGAUGAAUGCCAUACCGGACAGCAGUACUCGAGCAGGGAUCUAAUAAGUGCAAAAUGUACUCGUAGUAAAUGAAACGGUGAAACUCCACUGCGCUUGAGAACUCGUAAGAUAUGUUGUCUUUUUGAUGCCUUGGUUACUAUCUCACUGAUAUGCAAAUCCCACUUCAGAUUAUUUUGGAUCGUUAAACCUAAUACUUUGUGGGAUUCUAUUCUUUCAAGACUAAUGUUUUCAACAACUAAGAUGGGUGGUGGCUGCUCAAUAUCUCGUCGAAAGGAGACAAUCAUCUCUUUACACUUUUGGGGGUUCAAUUUCAUAUUAUUGGUACUUGUCCAAUUACCAAUUGCGUCCAAUUCGUUUUGUAGUGUAGAUACCUCCCAUGUUGAGACAAUCUCAGAUAUCGUCACGUCGUCUACGUACUUCCAAUUACUGGAACGCGGGGAUACAAUUUUCAAAUCAUUAAUCAUUAUGAUAAAAAGGAUUGGACCCAAUUUGGUACCCUGUGGGACCCCAGCACUAGUUGAAAGCCAUCGAGACACGCACUGUCCCAGCUUAACACACUGGCGGCGAUUUGAAAGGAAGCUACAAAUCCAAGGGAUUAUUGAACGGCACACUCCCAAAUGGAUCAAUUUUGUUAUAACAAUAUUGUGGUCUAUUCUAUCGAAAGCUUUGCUAAAGUCCAGAAAGCAAGCUCUAAGGUAAUGACCUGGGUUGUCCAUUUUAGAAAGCCAGUUGUGGAUAAGAUCUAGAAGACAAAGGGUGGUAGAUGUUCCCUUCAGGCUGCCAUACUGACGAUUAUCAAUUUGUCCACCUAUGUCCUCAACCAUCCAAAUAACCACAAAGUCUUCGAGUACUUUCGAUAACACAGGAGUAAGUGCGAUGGGGCGGGUAUCGCUCUCAACCUGGGUUUGUUUCGCUUUAGGAAUGGGUAUGAUGCUAGAAUCUUUCCAUAAAACACGUACUAGUCCAGAGGACAAAGACGUAUUAAAUAUUGAUGUAACUGGCUCCAGCAAGUUCGUAGGCGAACUCUUUUAAAAUUCGUGGUGGAAUACUGUCCGGGCCCAUAGCCUUAUUAGUCUGAAGUUUUAAUAGCUUACUACAAACCUCAUGAGGAUGCAUGAAUUGUAGGAGGCGGCACCGCAGCUGGUAAGACACGUUCUUAUUCCUUGUACGAAUCAAAUGGCAUCUUGGUAGCUGGUAAACACGUUCUUACUCCUUGUACGAAUCAAUGGCAUCUUGCCAGAUUAAAGGCUUGUUUACACUAUCAAAGUUCCUUGAGUCAGUACUCAGAGUUAAAAACUAAGUCAGCUCCCUCAAAUGUCGUACAAAUCUUUCAAAAAAUUUGAAUUUACCUAUGCAAAUAUGCUGGCAUCACAGAAACAUUGAUUGUUUAAACCAGUCUUAAAAUCAACAGACUGUAUAAAAGUUUCUAUUGUGGUUCUCAUUAUACAAUUGUUUGAUCAUAGAAGGCCGACUUAUGACAUUUCUGGAAAAAUCUAACAACUGUUUUGAAGCAAUAAGUGUUGCGAAAGUUACAUUAUAGUCUUGAGUUAAUAGUAAUUGCAGUCAUAAGCUUUGGUAUUUAUGUAUGUCUUCGUGCUCGCUGUACACUUGUUUCGCGCAUGCUCGAAACCAGGGUACCGCACUGUUUGUUUCCACUUUUGCACAUAGUCAUUUGUAUAGCUUAGUAUUUAUGAGUGCAAUCUAAGAUUUUUAAUGUGUCUACACAGAGAAGUCUACUUCCAUGAAGAUGGAACACCAAGGAAUGAAGGCGAAACCAUAACAGACCCAGUUUUUGCGAAAACCUUGACAGAGCUUGCAGAGGAACCUUUAAGCUUCUAUAACGGCUCAAUCGCCAGAGAAAUGGUCAAAGACAUUCAGGACCGUGGUGGGAUACUGACAUUGGAAGAUUUGCAAAAAUUGAAAGCAACAACACGACGUGUGCUGUCGAGCUUUAUCAACGAUGACAUUUUGUAUACGACCUCAGCUACAUCGAGCGGCUCUACCUUGAUUAUGAUAUUGAACGUUUUAAAAGGUCAGUUGACCUAACAAUGUUACUCGCGUUGUAUAAUAUUACUCUGGUUUCAUGCUCGGCGCCGUAAAUGCCGAAUAACCCUUACUGGACCUCGAAAAAGUUCAGUCAAGAAUUGGUAUAGCUAUAUCCAGUGUUAAUAAAGUUAGCUAAGUUUAGGUUUCUUCCUGUAGUAACGUGAACUAGGUCAAUAAAGGGUUCCCUCCUCAAUUCGGUUCGGUUCAGUUCAGUUUAUUGAAUUUGUAUGGUCAGGGCCGCCGAGAGGUUGGCGGGGGCCCGGGGUAAUUUUUUUUUAGGGGCCCCUAUCUAAAAAAAUUUUCCCGGACAAAUUUUUUUCCGGAGAACAACCUCUCCCCCCCCCGUCGCCAAAAAAAUUUCGGUCAGUGUACCAUUUUAGGGGUAAAAAUUUUUUUCCGGAAUACAAAAUUUUUCCGGACGAGUACGUUGCAAUUGCUUUCGAGGGACUUUAUCUCAUUUUUUUAUGCCAAAUUCCGGUGCUUAACCCAAGAAAACAGAUAUUUUGUCCUUUGCGCGGAAAUAUUUAACACACAAAAAAGGCUGGGGCCUAACAAAAAUUUUUCAGGGGCCCCCAGCAACUCGGGGCCCGAGGCAAUUUCCCCCCCCCCUGGCCCCCUCUCGGCGGCCCUGUGAGUGGUAACACAAUUAUCAACUAUACUGUCUUUAUUUAGGAUUCAAGUUCAGUCCAGACUCCAUAUCCACCAGCAAUGUCGUACAAACAUGGCAUCGUAUCAUUGAGGCAUUAAAGUUUGGUUCUGCAUAUCGACCAUUUCUCGGUGACCCUGAUUUUUCCCCAGAAGUUGAAGAGGUUGGUAAUGUACAUAUUGCCCGGAAUUUAGCCAACACCGCUGUUUCAGCUACUUUGCUAAUUACCUUCGCCAAGACUUUAUGUUUUUACGUGGGUUUAUUGCAGGGUUUGCAAACAAAGCAACCAAUUAAGAAGCUUAGAGAAGGCCAUAGGUCAAGGACAAAGCGAUUAAACUUUGUCUCAACCACUGGUGAAGGUAUACAUUUAUCUACACACGUCAAAAUCUUAUAUAUUGUCAACAAAACGCUUUUCACAAAGGGUCGCAACAAGCUUGUCAACAAGUUUCGACAAUGUUAGCAUUUUAUCAAGUGGCUACUACUUGUUUCGUAUCAACAACUCGCCAAUAAGUUAUUGAAUUGUAGGACGAGAAGAAGUUUGAAUAACUUGUAGCAGGUCUGUCAAGUGAACAGCUUUGUAAAAAUUUGUGGCGGAAUGGGGGUGGAGCUAUUGUUUCCCGGGUAUUAAAGUAGGGUUAAGUCCUCCCCCCGCACAAAAAAAGGCCAAAACGAUCUGAGUGAAAUUUUAAAUUCAACUUAUUUUUAAAAUUCUACUUAAAUUCUACUUAGAAGAAAUCAAAGGGAUGCGGUAUGAGCAUUAAAAAUAUGAAUAAUUUUGGAGAAACGUCGCCAACAUUUCCGGCUAAAUAUUAUUAUCAUGAAAAAAAAUGUUGGACAAUGUCAUCAACGUCCGGAGAAUUUAUAGAAAUUAUCACAACCCCCCACCCCCUUUCAAAUAAAAACUGUUCCUUCGGCUUUGGUUGUCCACAAGCCUUUGAGAAAUUUUCUACAAGCUGACAACAUGCACGCAUCUUGAUAACAAGUCGUUGAAACAGUGUCGGUACAAAUCUGUUGCAAGUUUGCUACUGAUUGUGCAGUUUUUCCGGUUUAGUUUAUGAAAGUAUCUUUGGCUUUUUUAGAGUAUAGAUCUUCAGAUCAAUGCUACUUAUGCCGAAGAAUUACGUCAGAAGAUAUGGGACAACACCACACACGAUCCCUUGUACUAUGGAGGAUUUUACGAUCCAAUGCCAGAUUUUGGUACGACACAUUUAUCUGUGAUUGGUCCUACUGGUGAUGCUGUGUCUGUCACAAGCACCCUUGGACGAUAGUAAGUUUCUCUUUCAAAUUACAUACUUUUUUUAUACUGGAUAGAUCUGUCAGUUCUAAACCGUUUUCCUCAGAGGUCCAAAUAAGGAUUAUAAUUGUCUUACCUAUGGUAGAUAGCUUUUGAUCUAAUAUCCUUUAACUGUUCUCCCUGGAGUUCAAUAACAGCGGACUUCGUUGUGGUCCAGUUUUGCUGCAGGAUUUAACCCUGAACAAAAUCUAAUUAUUUUAUAUACAGAGGAAAGCUUUUCGGCUUAGUUUCGUUUUUGCAGGAGGUCUACAAUCACCAUUUAUUAUCCGUCCACGAGGAAGUUGACUAUUUGGAG